AUGUCACAGCUCAUCCCGAUCAUCGCUACCGUGUUCAUCCCUUUGACGUCCUUGACAUCGUUUACUAUCUACCUCUCCACACAUCCAACAUCACCAGCUCGUGCGCUCUUUCAGAAAUCGAUAGCUCUACCUACCCACAACGGUGAGGGUCUUGAUGGAGAACUGGAAAAUGUCGAAAAAGAUCCUUUCGAUAUUCAAGAUCCCAUAGUCUGUCAAGAUGGUACCGCAGUCGAGCCUGAACGCUUUUGGACGUCGAUGUGGAGACGCAAGCUAGCAGUGUUUAUGUUGAUGAUUCCGCCAUUAGUCUGCAACAUUCUGCUGUUGGUUUUCACCAUCUUGUCUAAAAUCCCUGAUGAAGAGGAGAGAACCCGAGCUAUCCUUCUUCCCUCACUGCUACUACCGUCUCAAGCCGUAACUCUGCUCAUCGCUUUCUGGCACCUAUCGCAACACACAACGGAACCUCAUUGGACGACCACCAUACAUCUUGCUGUUGAUAUCUUCAUGCAGUUUUUGAUUCUCGCAUGUUUGGCUCUCCUCCCAUCGACACCCUUUCCUUCGGCUCCAUCUGCGAUUUCUGCCUGGUUCGUUCAGGCUGAUAUCUUCAGACUUCCAGAAUUCAAACCAAUUGAUAUAUUGAAAAUCGUACUGCCGAUCCUCUACGCAGCCCCUCUCUUAGCAAUCCUCUCGAUCCGUCGAGGGCCCCCUUUGUACCUACCUCUUGAAGCGUUAUAUCCUGCCAAAAUCAUCAAUGCUGUUCCAGCUGGUACCGAUUCUCUUGACUCAUCCAAGGCCAACGUCAGUGCUGAAGUACAAGCAAAUGUGCCAGAAUGGCUCUUAUUUGGAUACGCAACACCUGUCAUAAGAAAGGGAUACGUCUCAGAGAGCCUGGAUGUCUGGGAUCUUCCUAUCUUGCCUAAAGGGCUCCGUGCUCUGUAUAAUUACAAACACAUGAAAGUAAUAUACGGCCGAUCAAGAGGACGUCUCGGUAGAAUGGAGGGAUUCAAUCUGCUGUGGAAAGUAGGGAAAGCCAACUCAACUUUGCUCGUGGCUCAAACUUCGAUUGCCAUCGUUACCGCUUUCGGCUACUACCUUCCCCACUACAUCCUCUUGAAAUUCGUUGAGUAUCUCGAAAACGAUCCGUCCCGUUCCGCACCAGCGUGGGGAUGGCUUCUCUGUUUCGGCCUCUUCAUGUCUAAUGCUAUCAUGUAUAUUGCUACCGGAGUGACCUGGUCGAUCAGUUCCACCUAUCUUCAAGGACGAAUUAAGUUACAGCUCAACACCCUCCUCUUCAGUAAGACUCUGAGGAAGAAAGACAUAGCAGCUGCUGGAGACGAUAAGGGACAUGUCGGUGACGUAAAAGCGGAAGCAGUCAAGGAUCAACAGAAAAAAGAUGCCGGCGAAGAGGAGAAUGAAGACGAAGAAGCUGUCACUUCUAAAACGCAGAUCAUGACAUUAUUCACUGUUGAUGUCGAUCGAGUCACUGAUUUCGUUUUCCACCUCUUCGCGAUCGUAGACUCUCCGGUAGAAAUUCUGGUUGCUAGCGUUUUCGUUUUUAAGCUACUAGGCGUGUCAGCUCUUUACGGUCUUCUAGCUGCUAUCUUAUCCCUACCCCUCAACCACUUUGCAUCAAAAAUUGUGGUUCGAGCGCAGGAGAAUCUAAUGAAAACGCGAGAUCAACGUACUGCCUUGAUGAACGAGAUCUUACAGGGAAUCCGAAUGCUGAAAUUUAUGGCAUGGGAACGAUCAUUUGAAUCACGAAUUCAAUCCAUCAGAAAGAACGAAUUAUCAUGGCAAGCUCGGAACUACCAAAUCGAGGUCCUCUUCAAUUGUAUAUGGGCCUUAACUCCUGUUUUAGUGACUGUGGUUUCUUUUCUGCAUUACACCCUUGUGCGAGGUCAACGUCUCACACCUUCCACUGCAUUCACCGCCGUCGCUGUUUUCGCUGAAUUGCGAUAUGCUUUAAACGCGUUGCCGGAAACAUUUAUUCAGGCUUUGCAAGGUUUUGUCUCAUGUCGUCGUAUUGAGAAAUACCUUUCGUUGGACGAGAUUGCGCCGAUUGAAGAGAACGAUGGGAAGGGAGAUAUAGUUUUGCAAUCAGCCACAUUCACCUGGCCAAGGGAUGAUUCUGCUUCUGCUUCGACAAAUGAUGGUAACGCCCGAUCGACGGCUACAACGCCCAAAAACGCAUUCACCCUCGCUGAUUUAUCACUUCGAUUCCCUCACGGAAAACUUUCCCUCAUCUGUGGCAGACUUGGUUCUGGUAAAUCCCUCCUUCUUGCUGGCCUGCUCGGCGAAUCCGACCUUUUGGCUGGGCAAGUUGUGUGCCCUCGAUCACUGCCUGACUCCAUGACGAAUCCAGACGAGAAGAUUUCUGAUCAAGAAUGGAUUGUGCCCAAUAUGGUUGCGUUUGUUCCUCAGCAGGCGUGGCUACAGAACGCCUCUAUUAAAGACAAUAUAGUGUUUUCGUCCCCAUGGAAUCCACAACGAUAUCAACAGGUCAUCGAAACAUGUUCCUUAAUCACGGAUCUGGAGAUACUCGAAGAUGGCGAUCAGACCGAAAUAGGUGAAAAGGGACUUAAUCUUAGUGGUGGUCAAAAAGCACGAGUAUCGCUCGCAAGAGCUGUGUACAGUCGUGCUGGAGUACUGCUUUUGGAUGAUGUCUUGAGCGCCGUGGAUGCGCAUACCGCUCAUGCUCUCAUGGCCAAUUGUAUCCAAGGACGAAUCCUGGAGGGAAGAACAGUCCUCCUUGUCUCGCAUCACACUGCCUUGGUGUCACCUGGUGCUGCGUAUAUUGUAGCACUCGAGAAUGGUGACGUCAAAUUCUCGGGCACUCGGAACGACUUUGUCGCCUCUGGAUUGAUGGACAAAUUAGAUGAGGAAGAUACAAAAGCUAGAGCUAUCGACGGCGACAAAAAGGAAGAGAAAACGGUAGAGGAAAGCACUGUUAAACCAUCUCACAAAAGUGUCGUCAGCUUGAGUGGAGCGGCUGGGUCGGAGCCUGGGUCAGAGACAAGCUCCCUUGCACCGGAGGAUGAGACGACACUGGUCAACUCAACUGAUGAUGUGAAACAAAAGACGCCUCGGAAGCUCAUUGAAGAUGAGAAACGAGCCCGAGGUAGAAUUGCUUGGGCCGUCUGGAAGACUUACUUUAGCGCCUUGGGUGGACCUGUAUGGUGGAUUUUCUUCAUUGUGUCCUUGGCUAUGGCAAUGUUUGUGCCUGUCGCCGAGAAAGGGUGGCUCGAGUUCUGGACCGGCUCAAACCUCUCUCCGUCACAGGGCGGUCAUAGUACCCAAUUCUAUGUGGUCGGGUACGCAGCAAUAACCAUUAUAGGAGUAUUUGCAGCAAACAUACAGUAUGCUAUCAUCUAUUUAGGCUCUCUUCAAGCAAGUGGAAAGAUACAUAACGCCAUGCUCGAAUCCGUCUUGUUCUCCACCUUACGGUUCCAUGACACCACUAGCAGAGGCCGAUUGUUGAACCGAUUUGGCAAAGACAUCGAAGGUUUGGACUCUAGUACUGCAGAUAAUCUUGUUCGAAGCAUGGCAUAUGGAUUAAAUGUAAUGGUCACCUUUGUCUCCAUCACCUACGUUGGAGGAAUUCCUUUCAUCAUCGUUGGAGGAGUUAUUGUGGCGAUUUACUACCAAGCAGGUUCCAUAUACGGCCAAACAUCCCGAGACAUGAGGCGACUGGACUCGGUCACUCGAUCUCCUUUGUACUCGCUAUUCGGUGAAACAGUUUCCGGUGUUGCCGUUCUUCGAGCUUUCGGUGCCAGCACUAUCUCCCUCAAACAUAUGAUGAGGCUUGCCGAUACCAAUCUCUUGGCUUUCGCGUGGUCAUGGACCGUCAACCGAUGGCUAUCAGCGCGAUUCAAUCUUCUUUCAUCGGCCCUGGUCGGAUUCACUGCAAUUGCUGUCUUGAUAGCGCCUGGCGUAGAUGCUGCGAUGGCCGGGUUCGCCCUGGCCUUCGCCGGUACAAUCAGCCAUGAUCUGCUGUUUGUUGUACGACGAUUUGUUCAGCUGGAACAGAGCAUGGUCGCAAUCGAACGAUUGAAGGAGUUUACAGAACUCAAACGUGAAGCUGCCGAAUUCAUAGAUCCAAGGCCACCCGCGUCAUGGCCGAACUCGGGCGCGAUCUCCGUCGAGAAGCUGAUUAUCCGUUACGCUCCCGAUCUACCCAAUGUACUGCAUAGUAUUAGCUUCGAAGUCAGGCCCCGUGAGAAGAUAGGUAUCGUAGGUGCUACCGGUUGCGGUAAAUCCACUCUGGCCUUGAGCUUUUUCCGGUUCGUUGAGGCUACUGAGGGUCGAAUCGUAAUCGAUGGCAUCGACAUCUCCAAAAUCGGGUUGACGGAUCUCCGAAGUCGAGUUACCAUUAUUCCUCAAGAUCCAACUAUUUUAUCUGGUACCCUAAGGUCGACUUUGGACGUCUUUGAUGAGUACGAUGAUGCAGAUAUAUAUGCUGCUUUGAGAAGGGUACAUCUCAUACAAGAGAACGAGACGGAGCUUGCAGACGGUGCAGAAGAUCAUGAUGAGGCUAGGAAUAAGAACGUAUUCAAAGACCUGUCCAACCCCGUUAGCGAAGGAGGAGACAACUUCUCCAGUGGAGAGAAACAGCUUAUAUGUAUGGCUCGAGCGAUCUUGAAACGUAACAAGGUCUUAUUCAUGGACGAAGCCACUGCUUCCAUCGAUUUUUCCAAAACUAUUCGGGAGGAAUUUUCCGAUUCCACAAUUUUGACGAUUGCGCACCGUAUACAUACCAUUAUCGAUUUCGAUAAAGUCCUUGUUAUGGAUCAAGGCCGAAUUGCCGAGUUUGCUAGCCCUGCUACUUUGCUUCGAGAUCACAAAUCCAAAUUCUACUCGCUGUGUAAAGCUACCGGUAGAACCGAAUUCGCUAAUCUCAAAACCUUGGCAAUGGAGGCCGACAGGAAGAAGAGAAGAUCUUGA